AUGGAUAACUCGUCGACAGCGCCAGAAUGGCGCCAGAAUUGGCGUUCAUCGACCUGGUUUAUCGUCACGGCCAUGUCUGCGGCGUUCUUCACUGACACGUUUCUGGCCAGCUUCAUCGUUCCCAUUCUCCCCUAUAUUCUCGAAGGCCGGGUGGGCUUAGACCCGUCUCAGACACAGACCAUGACAUCAUGGCUGCUGGCUGGGAAUGCAGCAGUCAGUGUGCUGAUCCGGAUGCCUUUGGCGCAUUUUGCGGAUCAGUCUACUUCUAGGAGGGGCUGGUUCAUUUGGGGGUUGGGAUUGGCCUUCGUGAGUACUAUUGCGACGGCGUUUGGGUCAUCCUUGGCCUUGCUCUUUGCUAGUCGAGCCGUACUCGCCAUUGCUAGUAGUGUGAUGUGGGUGGUAGGAUUCACGACUGUGGCUAAUGCUGUCUCGAUUCACAAUACUGGCAAGUCAUAUGCUGCAAUAUCCGUUGCCUCAUCAUUGGGUGCUUCGAGCGGGCCUAUGGUAUCGGGAAUCCUGUUCCAAUUAGCGGGAUACUGGGCAGCAUGGAUAUGUGCCUUUGUACUCCUCGGUGUCGACAUGGUCUUUCGACUAUUGAUGGUAGAAAAGCAGAAGGCCAAGAAGACCGAUGUCACAGGGAAAUCCGUUGCAGAACGGCACUCGGUCUCUGAAAGGUCUCCUCUACUCUCAGCUCAUGACAACCAAACUGGGACCGUCGAAACACAGGAGAAAGGGCCGAAUUUCUAUCGAUGCAUAUUCAGCAAACCGAACUUUACUGGCGGCGUAUAUUGCAGCUUUAUUUCGGGUCUUCUGACAGCCAUAUUUAAUGCUACAGUUCCACUUCAUACUCGCGACGCGUUUAAUUGGGGUGGUGUCCAGUCUGGUCUUAUAUUCGCUGCCCUGCAGGCUCCCCGGCUUGUAAUGUCUCCUUUGGUUGGUUGGCUGAAGGACCGGGUUGGCACACGGAUGCCGACAGUCUGUGGAUUUACUAUCUUGGCUCCGUUCAUCUGGCUUCUGGGCGUUCCCGGAAGCAAACAGUUCCUAUCUACGAGCUUCGAAAACUGGGGACCUGAGGUCUAUGUAAUAGCCAUGGUUUGCAUCGGAUUUCAGCUUACAUUUUUGAAUGGAUCAGGGACAAUUGAAGCUACCGUGGCUGUGAAUACUUUGCAAAAAGAGCACCCUGGUAGAUUCGGCCCGAAUGGAGGAAAGUCUCGUGCCAUUGCCAUCGCUGGUAUUGCCUACACAUUGGGAUUAUGCGUGGGCCCUAUUGUUGGUGGGGCACUAAAUGAAAACUUCGGAUACUAUGUUAUGAAUUGCGUUGUUGGUAAGGACCAUCCCUUUCCUUUCCAGGUGGCAGAGACGUUCGACCCUAACAUCUUCUAG